AUGUCACUAUCCGCCUUCCUUCUCUCGUUGCCAUUCCUCUGGCCCCUGGUCCUCGUACGAUGGGUCGAGGGAGUCGAGGCUCUGGGUCGGAGCGGCGGUCUGAUGGAGGGCUUCGCCCUGAUCGACGAGGCUCUCGUUCGACUACUGGGGUUCGUUCACGCGGAGGACGACAAUACAUGUCUCGAGUCUUUGGUUCUGCCGGGCGAGCUUCAUGAACUUCGUGAAUCUCUCGGGGUGCCCCGAAGCGAGAUCUAG